AUGACAUUGCCAAACCCAAGACCCACAUCCUCACCCCUUUCCCCCUCCCUCUCCCCCCUCCCCUACGGAAACGCCUGUGCCACCUGCGCCCGCGCCAAGUGUCGCUGCGUGCCGCGGAGUGGCGCCGCCCGCUGUGAGAGAUGCCACCGGCUAAACAAAGAAUGUCGUCCCCCUGUCACCCGCCGUAAGUCCCGGCUCCGGCCCCUGUCGAAGGCGGUCCUGCUGGAGCGGAAGAUGGAUGGCUUGAUGGAGAUGCUUGCUUCUUCUGCUUCUGGUGGUGGUGGUGGUGGUGGUGCUGCUGCUGCAGGGGUAGGGGUAGGAGAGCUAGAAGCAGGAGGAGAACCAGAACUUGAAAGACAACACUCAGUCUCAGUCUCAGCUUCAGCCACAGACAGAGAUAGAGAAGAGUCCCUACACACCUUCCGCACGCACCGCCUCCAGCUCCUCCCCCUAAUGCACAUCCCCGCCACUACGACCGCGCGGGAUCUGGAACGAGACUCGCCGUUCCUGUGGCGGUGCAUCGCGACGGUAGAAAGCCGGUCUGCGGCUCGUCAGGCGGAGUUGUGCGUUGGGAUUCGGGAGUUGGCGGGGAAGAGGCUCCUGUGCGAUUGUGAGAAGAGCUUGGAUUUGUUGCAGGGGGUGUUGGCUUAUCUUGCUUGGGUCACCUUACACAGUCAGCCGCAAAAGUCCUCACUCUGCAUCUAUGCCCAAAUGGCCAUCGGGCUGGUCUUCGAGCUAGGCCUCAAUCAGCCUCCGCCCCCCGAUCUGAGCAUGACCGUCUCGAACUCCAAUGCCGUCGGCCAUCUGCCGGAUCUGAAGGCGCCUAUCUCAACCCGGCGCACUAUGAAUGAACGCCGCGCGGUGCUGGGUUGCUAUGUGCUGACUUCGAUAAUCUCGCAGUUCCUGGGCCGGAUGGACCCGCUGCGAUGGACUCCGCAUAUGAGGGAAUGUCUCGACGUCCUGGCGCAUAGCGACGAAUCACCGGGUGAUGGGGUGCUGGUUCAGAUCACGCGCAUGCGUCUUCUCGCGGACCAGAUUCUUCAGGGCCCCUGGGGUGAGGGCCUGUAUGGUCUUGGUCCGGCGCAUGAUUUGGCUGCUUUCCAUUUCAAGGCGUUCCAGUCGCGGUUGGCCACCAUCAAGACUGAGACACCUAUUCAACUGGUCGACACCAGACCCAUCCUAUUCCAUCUCCACGACGUCGAGAUGAGUCUUUACGAGGUCGCCCUCGCGAAACCCCCCGCGGACGAAGAAAUGAGCAGCCAGCGACUUGACCACCUCUACGCCUGUCUGCACGUGGUGAAACGGUUCUUCGAUCUCUUCUUCACGAUCUCCCCAGCCGAAUACACCUCCCUGGCGCUCCCAUACAUUACCCAGCUGUCGCACUGCCUGGUGACCCUCUUCCGCCUGUCGACCCUGGACUACCCGGGCUGGGACAAAGCCGCGGUGAAAGACACGGCGGAUAUCCUUGCCAUUGCGGAGCAGAUUGCCACGCGCAUGGGCCAGGUGGCCGAUGCGGUGGGGAUGCACAGGGACGGCCCGUACGGCGAUCCCUUCAGCAAGCUGGGCAUGAUGAUCCAGAAGCUGCGGAGUGAGUGGGCGGUUCGUUUGCCGGAGUGGCUGGUCGCCGAUCAUCGGACUGCAGAGGAGCCAUUUCUGUCGAGCGCGGAGAUGGGUGAUCUGGAUGGCUUCUUGAGUUGGUCGGAGAUGCCAUUGCCGUGGUUGAUGGAAGGGUUUGGCCCGGGGUUUGUGUGA